AGGCUCUCCCGCGCGCUGCUGGGCAACAGAGCCCCUCCCAACCCCCGCUGUGGGAGGCGCGUGAGCCUGCUAGCCCACCCCGCCGGGAAGUGCGGACGAAAGGAGACAGCGGCGCUGGAAUUCUGCUCAGGCAGGGCUGCGGACACCUAAGGCAACGCAAGCGCCGCGCUUCUUGCGGGGCGGGGCUCCGCGAGGACCUCAUCGUGAAGAGAUACUCGGGGGCGCUGCGGCGGUGGAUACAGAAGACAAGAUUGAAGACCAGAAAGGGAAUGUGACCUCUCCAAAGUCAUAGCUGGACAAGAAUCCGAGCCUGUAACUGAAGACACCUGAGAUCUUUCUAUUAUAGUCUUGGGAAACAGACCCUAAGACUUUUGCAGACUAUCUUCUGGGGAAAAAAUGCCUAAAGUUAAAAGAAGCCGGAAAGCUCCCCCAGAUGGGUGGGAGUUGAUUGAGCCAACACUGGAUGAAUUAGAUCAAAAAAUGAGAGAAGCUGAGACAGAACCUCACGAGGGAAAGAGGAAAGUGGAAUCUCUGUGGCCCAUCUUCAGGAUCCAUCACCAGAAGACCCGCUAUAUCUUUGACCUCUUCUACAAGCGGAAAGCCAUAAGCAGAGAACUGUAUGAGUACUGUAUUAAAGAAGGCUAUGCAGAUAAAAACCUGAUUGCAAAAUGGAAAAAGCAAGGGUAUGAGAACCUGUGCUGCCUGCGGUGCAUCCAGACACGGGACACCAAUUUUGGGACAAACUGCAUCUGCCGGGUCCCCAAAAGCAAGCUGGAAGUGGGCCGGAUCAUCGAGUGCACGCACUGCGGCUGCCGGGGCUGCUCUGGCUGAGCGUCGGGCCCGGACCGCCACCCACCCUGGACUCUGGGCUGCGCAGGACUCCGCCCGUCACGUCACCCUUUGCUGGGAGCAGCUUUUCCUCAGAGCGGUCCCCAGGCCCGACUAGGAGCAUGGUCUCUGUGGGAAGGCUUUGGUGUUCAUCAGCUAUGAUUUGUAGAAAUAAAAAAAAUUUCUAAACCUU